UGCUACAACGCCAGCAUCGCUCUCUUCCAAGACGGAUGUGACGCAGGGUACGAAUGCGUCGACGACUUGUGUCGAGUUUCAGUGGAACCAGUCGACGGCCGCACCUGCCACAUCAUUUGCUCUGCCGGCAAAUACUGCGAGAAUGGCAGCAACAAAUGUCGAGGUCCUAGCUACAAGGGCGAGUGUUUCAACCUCGCCACUGGAUUCUUCGAAGAUGGCUGCGAAGAUGGCUUCUACUGCUCGUUCAACAAAUGUGUAGACGUCAGCCUUGAAGACGAAAGCGGCAGCCUCGACGACAACACUACCGACAUGCUAGAAGACGACAGUAGCAACAGUGACAGUAUCGGCGGAUCAUCCUCGCCAACGACAACCACGACGAACGAAGCGAUGCGUCAUAACUCUCUCGUGGCAGCUAUUUCUGCCACUUUGUUCUCAGCGAUCUUGCAGCUUGAAGAAGACGAUUAGAUUGCUAUCUGCUGUCGGCUUUGUACAUAUAAACAGUGCUAAUUCAUACUCAUUUCCUGGAGUAAUUUCAUGCGAUAAUAAACAUACGCAUCACCACU